AUGUUUACUUCAGAAGAAUGGAGUCGUAGUAAAUGGGCGAAAGAGGAAGCCGGUAAAAGAGUUGCUUCUUAUGUUUUGAUGCCUUCCUUUUGGAACAACAUUGUCUUUAGCCUUAAGGUUUCCGGUUCUCUUAUUCCGGUUUUGAGAUUACUUGAUAGCGAGAAAAAGCCUCCCAUGGGAUACAUUUAUGCGGUUAUGGAUAGGGCUAAAAAAACCAUUGCAAAAUCAUUUGGGGAAGUAGAAGACAAAUACAAUGAUAUUUUUGAAAUAAUUGAUAAGGGGUGGAAUGUUCAACUUCAUCGCCCUUUGCAUGCAGCAGGUUAUUAUUUGAACCCAGAAUACUUUUAUUCAAAUCCAAAAAUUGAAAAAGAUGAAGAGAUUACAAAGGGUUUGUAUGCAUGCAUUGCAAGGUUAGUCCCGGAUGUCAAAGACCAAGACAAAAUUACUGAGGAGCUGUCCUUAUAUUCUAAAGCUGAGGGCCUCUUUGGUAAUCCCUUUGCUAUUAGACAGAGAAGUACACGAGGACCAGCUAAUUGGUGGGAAACUUAUGGCAAGCCAACAAAACUUCUCCAAAAGUUUGCUAUAAAGGUUUUAAGCCUUACUUGCAGUUCUUUUGGUUGUGAACGAAAUUGGAGCGUGUUUGAGCAUCUUCAUAACAAGAAAAGAAAUAGGGGUUUUACAUUGACGGGAAUGAUGGAUGAUUCUGAUGCAGAACAUGAUCUAGUCUUUGAAAAUGAUUCCUUGACAUGGGGUGAUGUUGCUAAUUUUGCUGGUAUUGGAGAGGCUAGCAGACCGCAACGGUCUACUAGAUCAAAAUCUAGUUCCAGUUUACGGUUACCAACAAAGAGAGCAUGA